UGAGGAGCAGCCAGCGCGAGCAGCUUUCACUGUGGACGCUUAAACGUUGGGGGCCAAAAUUAUACAUUGAGGAUAUUUCAACAUAUCUGGACGAAAAGAAACGCACAUUCCCUGAGGCGCGAGCCGUCUGACAAGGAGUACAACACGUCGAGGCUGAAAAAACUGGAAAAAUAUGAGAAUAGCGGAUAGUUGGUCAGGUUUUCCAAAUCCCUCAGCGCAACGGACAACAGCAGAAACAACAUCCAUGUUACUGCCUGCUGCGGUUAUAAAGGAUGCUUUCUACGCCGAAAACAUAUCCAUUACCUGGUCCAUUUAGCGGUUUAUAUGUGGCUUUUAAACGUUUAACUGAGAUAACGCUCAAGGUUUAAAGGAUUUAAAGCGAACCAGUAGUGUAUCUGGCCAGCCUGCGUAAUGUUUACGCUUUAAAAUGGCUGCGGAGGGUCUGUGGGAGCAGAAUAAGACCGUUGAAUAAUAUGAUGCUUUAAAGCUGAACAUAUCCCAUCGAUUGAGUUAUGGUAAAGAUUUGGGGGGAAAGAUUGUUUUCAAUGUCAUGGGGAAUUGUUUCCCAGCCCUUUACCGCAGGAGGUAACGUAGGAAAUUCCUGUCCUUGUUCAGAAACACAAUGAGGCGAAAUAGAUGAUUUAAUAUGACUGUGUUUAUGGUGCUUUUAUAAUAUCAGACUUUGAUCUGUUUUUUUUUCCAUGAAGUAAUUGCCUAGAUUUUCGGUAAAUAAAGGGUGAUCGCUUAUAUAUAAGGAACAUAUUGAUAUGUAAGUGAAUGGAUAACCCCCUGCUAUUAUAAUUGAAACAAUCUGGACACCAGAUUGGGAAGAAAGACCCCAGGAUAUUGAUACACAGCAUCAUCAUCCUUAAUACUAUGGAUGCUGGGAACAGGAUGCCCAGACUAAAGCUUUUUCUGGUUGGGCAGAGACUGCAGGGCAUGCACAGAUAUUUAUGGCUGUGUGUGAUGUUCACCCUGGUGCUGAUAUCAGAUGGAUCUCCAUCUAAACAAUGUGAGAAGAACUGUCUGUCAGGCAGGUGUGUGAAUGGAUCCUGUGUCUGUGAUCGUGGAUGGGUUGGGGACCAGUGUCAACACUGCCAGGGCAGAUUCAAGUUGACUGAGCCGUCUGGUUACCUAACAGAUGGACCUAUCAACUACAAGUACAAAACUAAGUGCACCUGGCUGAUUGAGGUCUACCCAAACGCAGUACUGAGGUUACGAUUUAACCAUUUUGCCACCGAAUGCAGCUGGGAUCAUAUGUACGUCUAUGAUGGAGACUCUAUUUAUGCUCCCCUAGUAGCUGUGUUCAGUGGUCUCAUUGUCCCCGAAGUGAAAGGGAAUGAGACGGUUCCUGAGGUGGAGACCAACUCAGGCUACGCACUCCUGCACUUUUUUAGCGAUGCUGCCUACAACCUAACGGGAUUCGAAAUAUUCUACUCAAUGAACUCGUGUCCAAAUAACUGCUCUGGCCACGGGAAGUGCACCUCUGGGAACUCAAUAUCGAGCCGUAUGUAUUGCGAAUGUGAUAAGUACUGGAAGGGCGAGGCCUGUGACAUCCCGUACUGCAGGAACAACUGUGGCAGCCCAGAUCACGGCUACUGCGACCUCACCGGAGAAAAGCUGUGCGUGUGCAACGACAGCUGGCAAGGUCCAGACUGCUCUCUAACGGUCCCCUCCACAGAGUCUUACUGGAUUAUGCCCACAGUUAAGCCAUUCGGAGCAUCUCUGGGCAGAGCAUCCCAUAAGGCCGUGGUACAGGAAAAGGUUAUGUGGGUUGUCGGUGGCUAUACAUUUAACUACAGCAACUUUCAAAUGAUUCUGAAUUACAAUUUGGAAAGUGGUAUCUGGAACACUGUGCCCUUCAGUGGCGGACCCGUGCCGAGAUAUGGCCACUCCUUAGCACUAUAUCGGGAUGAUAUCUACAUGUUUGGAGGCAAGCUGGAGAGUGGUGCCAGUAACGUAACAGAUGAACUGUGGGUGUUUAACAUACCCAGCAUGACGUGGUCGCAGAAGAACCCCAUUGUGCCAGCCCACGGACAGGUCUACGCUGUGGAAGGCCACUCCGCCCAUAUAGCAGAGCUAGACAAUGGAGACGUGGUGAUGGUGGUCCUCUUCGGCUACUCCUCAAUCUACAGCUACAUCAGCAACGUUCAGGAGUACAACAUCCGUACAAACACAUGGCUUGUGCCAGAAACCAGAGGAGCGAUCGCUCAGGGUGGGUACGGCCACAGCAGCGUCUACCACAGCGCCAGCAAAAGCGUGUAUGUCCAUGGGGGCUACAAAUCUCUACCCGCCAACAAAUACGGCCUGGUGGAUGAUCUUUACCGCUACGAGGUCCAGACCCGCACCUGGACGAUUUUGAGGGAGAGUGGUUAUCCACGUUACCUGCAUUCAUCUGUGAUGCUAGGAGGGACUCUGCUCAUCUUUGGAGGAAAUACCCACAAUGACACCUCUCUGAGCAACGGGGCCAAGUGCUUUUCUGCUGAUUUCCUGGCUUAUGACAUUGCAUGUGAUGAGUGGAAGGUCCUUCCUAGACCAAAUUUGCACAGAGAUGUCAACCGCUUUGGUCACACCGCUGUUACCAGUAAUGGGUCCAUGUACGUGUUUGGUGGUUUCUCCAGCAUGCUCCUGAACGACGUGCUGAUCUACAGGCCACCCAGCUGUGAGGCCUUCCUGGGGCAGGAGCGCUGCGAGGCUGCGGGCCCUGGCGUCCGCUGCAUCUGGAAGGGUGGGCGCUGCACAUCCUGGGAGCCCAGCUUCACUUACGAUGCUACACCUGCUCCGUUCUGCCCUGCCAAAGCUGCUACGGUAGAUGAGAGAUGUUACCGCUUCUCCGACUGCACCAGUUGUACCGCCAACACUAAUGGAUGUCAGUGGUGCGAUGGCAAGAAAUGCAUCUCGGCUCUCAGUAACUGCACUUCUGUAAGUUGGCCUGCAGAGGGCACCCGCGCUACACUACACAAUUGUACGAACAGUCAUCCUGUGCUUGUUUUCUCCUUUAAUUUGACUUGCUGUUUUUCUCAUUACAAGUCCGUGAAGAAUUUCACCAAAUGUCCAAUCAGGAAUGAGCAGAUUUGCAGUAAGAUGGCCAACUGCAAAAGCUGCUCGCUCAACCACAGCUGCCAAUGGGAUCCUCAACAGCAGGAAUGCCACACCCUUCCAGCCCAGCUGUGUGGAGAUGGUUGGAGCAAUGUAGGGGAUGCCUGUCUGCAGAUCAACUCCAGUAGUACGAGCUAUGAUAAUGCUCAACAUCACUGCAAGAACCUGGAAGGCAACAUCGCCUCCCUGACUACAGCCAAACAGGUGGACUUUGUGCUGGAGGAACUGCAGAAGUACCAGCAGAAGGGAAAGAAACUGUCCCCUUGGGUGGGCCUGCGAAAGAUCAACGUGUCGUACUGGGGUUGGGAGGACAUGUCCGCGUUCAAGAACACCUCUCUGCAGUGGCUUCCCUUUGAGCCCAAUGACUCUGGGUUUUGUGCUUACCUGGAGAGAGCUCAGGUCUCUGGCCUCAGGGCCAACCCCUGCACUGCCCACACAGACGGACUCAUCUGUGCGAAAUCAGUUGUGAGCCUGAACCCGAACACCCGACCCUGUAAGAUGCCCUGCUCUCUGCGCACUUCCUGUGAAAACUGCACCAGCCAGGCAAUGGAGUGUAUGUGGUGUGGAAGCACCAAGCGUUGUGUUGACUCCAACGCCUAUGUCAUCUCCUUCCCCUAUGGCCAGUGUCUAGAGUGGCAGACAGGAGACUGUGUGUCUCAGAACUGCUCUGGAUUGCGUACCUGUGGUCAGUGUCUGGAGCAGCCCGACUGUGGCUGGUGUGGAGACCCCAGUAACACAGGACGAGGGCAGUGCAUGGAGGGCUCAUAUCGUGGACCCAUGAAGAGCCCCUCCAGACAAAGCCAAGACAUGGUUCUGGAGGCGGGUCUUUGUCCAAAGGAACGAGGCUUUGAAUGGGGGUUUAUCCAGUGUCCUGCAUGCCAGUGCAACGGCCACAGCACUUGUGUGAACGGCAGUGUUUGUGAGCAGUGCCGUAACCUCACCACAGGCCCUCACUGCGAAACAUGCUUGCCUGGUUUCCAUGGAGACCCAACCAAUGGCGGAAAGUGCCAAGCCUGUAAAUGUAAUGGCCAUGCCAACGUGUGCCAGGUGCUGACAGGCAAAUGCUUUUGCACCACCAAGGGUAUCAAAGGCGAUCAGUGCCAGCUAUGCGAUUCAGAAAACCGUUACCUUGGCAACCCGCUCAGAGGAACCUGUUACUAUAACCUGCUGAUUGAUUACCAGUUCACCUUCAGUCUGCUUCAAGAAGAUGACCAGCACUACACUGCCAUUAACUUCAUGGCCACUCCUGAACAGACCAGCAAAAACUUGGACAUGUCCAUCAAUGCAUCCAACAAUUUCAAUCUGAACAUCACUUGGUCUGUUGGAUCAACAGCUGGAACUAUCUCCGGGGAAGAGAUUCCCAUUGUGUCCAAAAACAACAUCAAAGAGUACAGAGAUAGUUUCUCUUGUGAGAAAUUCAGUUUCCACAGCAACCCCAACAUCACGUUCUACGUAUAUGUUAGCAACUUCUCAUGGCCAAUCAAAAUACAGAUCGCCUUCUCCCAGCACAACAGUAUCAUGGAUCUGGUGCAGUUCUUUGUGACGUUUUUUAGCUGUUUUCUGUCUCUGCUGUUGGUAGCUGCAGUGGUGUGGAAGAUCAAACAAACCUGCUGGGCAUCCAGACGUCGAGAGCAACUGAUGAGGGAGAGGCAGCAGAUGGCAAGUCGCCCUUUCGCCUCGGUCGCGGUUACUCUGGAUGUGGCCGGUGCACAAGUAGAGCUUCUCCAGGGAGGGAUCGAGGGACCGCCCAAGCCUGUUGCAGUGGAACCGUGUUCGGGAGGUAAAGCAGCAGUGCUCACGGUGCUACUGUGCCUCCCGCGAGGGCCGUCUGGUGUACCGCCCCCUGGACAGUCAGGUAUAGCCAUCGCCAGCGCUCUUAUCGACACGUCCCAGCAGAAGCCCAUGGACUUCAAAGAGAAGAGCCAAGGCCUGAAGAACCGCAAAGCUCUGCCUCCCGCUCACCAGGGCACCUGCGUGUGAACCAUCUGAGCCUUUGUGGGCCGUCUUUUACCAGCGUGACCUCUCUUGUGCUGCUGUGGGCAAACAGAGGUUUGGUGUAUCAGAGAGAGACCCCAUGCGCGGGGAUUAUUUAGGUGACAGAGUGCCCUCAAUUUCAACUCCAUAUCCCUCUAUGCCAAUAAAACCAUGAAUAGACCUCACCAGUGCCGUCCGUCUCGAACGACCCAUGCCAUCUCCACCUGCUUUAGCUCGAGCGACACUUUGUUCUUUUUUUAGUGCCUCUCACCCAUAUUGACUUGAUCCAAAACGAUUGGCAGACUCGCUACUGUAUAUUCACCACUUCCAACUCCGUUCCCCAUUUACAUUUUUUUCCAGUUUUCUUCUACGGUCUUUACGUUGAGAGUGUCUCUCCUAUGGACGUCUCCCAUUUUUAAUGCCAGCUUUACACCAAGCACAGAUGUGCCUCUCGCAUGGUAAACUUUAUCAAUAAAGUUGAGAAUGACGACCAGCGUGACUUUUAAAAGUUGCAGUGUUUUAGGAUUUUGGGAUGGUCGCUGGGUUUGUGUACGGGUUGAAAUGCUCACUCACCAACUAGACAUUUUCGUCAUAAGGCUGCUUACAAAUAACGUAAGAUUUAUUUGAGGUAUUUCACGUUUUAUUUAAGAGACAAGAUUUGAAUUUGUUACGUAAGCUAAUGAAGUUCUUUAUCCGGCAACCUCACGUUAUGAAUGGAUCAAAUCUGUCUUUAGCUAGAGAAGUUACAUUUCAUCUUUAUUCUUCUUGUGAAGACUUUGCAUGGAGCACACACACAUAUACACGCUAUGCUUGAAAACCUUAAAUAGUUUGUGGGUUACGUGUCACACAAAGAGUGUCUUCAUGUUGUGAAAUAUCAGGUUUGGUGUGCACAAGCAGUUCACAUUACACGCCGAAAUGUAAAGGAAUCGGAGGGGCUAGCUGGUGUAAAUCCAUCAUAAAGAAAAAUUGGACUUUAGGGAGUCGUGUCUCCCUGACCUGACAAACAUCGAGUUUUCAAGCUUGUUACACACCGGAGGAGUGUAUCGCAACCUGUGUAUAGUCUUUUGUUACCGAAUGCUAGUAUAAAAGCUGUCAAUAUUCUUCUUAUUAUUCGUUUUUGUUUUGCAAUGGUACAGGUUUAAAUGAGCAAUGUCUCAUAUGUUUGCAGUAACACUUCAUCUCUUCGAUCUUUGUACUCUUUAAGUUUCACAUAUUGUGAAUGUGGGAAGAGGAAAAAGACGAUUUUGAUUUGGAGGAGAGCGUGCAAUUAUAAACACAUCAGAUGUGCACUCAAACAGCGAGCGUAAACCCAACGCUAGGACUGUGCUCGAGCCCUCUGUGGAGAAAACAGGACAUGCAGGAGACUGUGACACAUCUCUAUUGGGUGAGCAACAAAAUGUACAGCAUUUUAAUCUACACUCGUUUGCUUUAGAUGGACUUGAACACGUGAAUCUAAUGUGAAUCGCUCUUUCUUUACAUGUAGCUAUUUCAAUGUUUUUGUUUGUAUUUUUCGCUGGUUUUAAUAAAGGAUAAUUAAAGGUCAAUGGUUCAUUUAGGGCCACCCUCUG